AUGGCCAGCAUGCAGCAGCAAAACGGUCUGCAGAGCUCUGGACCAGCCAAAGAGCCAGUCAAGCUCGUGCUCUGCUUCGACGGCACUGGCAACACCUUCAGCGGAUCGAAUGCCGAUACCAAUGUGGUCAAACUCUUGAGCAUGCUCGAUCGCACUCAUCCUAAGCAGUACCAUUAUUACCAGACCGGCAUUGGCACCUACAGUAUCAACGAGACCUCGGUGAACAAGCGCUGGUUCUGGGACAAGUGGAGCACGAUUGUGAGAACCAUCGAUCAGGGCUAUGCCACCACCUUUGACGCACAUGUCAUAGCCGGCUAUCGGUUUCUGAUGCAGUACUAUGAGUCGGGAGCCAAGAUCUAUAUGUUUGGCUUCAGCCGUGGCGCGUACACGGCCAAGUUCCUGGCGCGCAUGAUCAGCACCGUCGGUCUUCUCUGCAAGGGAAACGAGGAGAUGGUCCCGUUUGCGUACCUUCUCUACCAGCGCUAUCUGGCAGGAGAACUGCAUAAUCGCACCGUUGAACAGAAGGAAGAGCUCAAGAAAGCCAAGACGCUCGACCAACUGAUCAAAACCGUCAGCAUCGAACAGUUCACAAACGGCAUCUUGAGCCAAAUGCCAACCAGUGCCGGAAUCGAGAAGCUCCAGGUCGCGAGCAUGUCGGGCGACCAGAUCACGAACCUCUACGACCAGCUCCAGAGAACUGUGACGACCGCGCCAGGCAAGCUGGAUGUGUCGAAAUUGACCCAGCAGCUCCAGAACACCGAUCCCACUGAGAUGGCUUCGAAGCUGUUCGACCAGCUCCGAGAGACUAUCCCAAUGGAGCAACUGACGAACGGCGCGUGGCUCGACUGGUUCAAAAAGACGUUCAGCUUUCGGCAACCGGCGAAGGCCAAGCCAGCAGUACAGGGCCCUCCGAAACUGAUAGAUGUGCAGGAACUGGAAGCCAGGCGAGACGAGACGGAGCAACGCGAAAAAGACGGGCAGGCGUUCUCCGGCAAUUCGAUCGAUGUCGACAAGACGAAGGAGGCGUUCGACGAGCUCAAAGCAUUCAGCCAGACGUUCUGCCGCGAGGAAACAGGCAAAGACGGCAAGGGGAGGAACAUCAAGGUGUACUUCCUCGGCCUCUGGGAUUGCGUGAGCUCUGUUGCCGUGCUGGAGCAGAAGGCGCCCUUCCCCGUCGAGGUCGUUGGGACCGCGCACUAUGUCCGGCACGCGGUGGCCGUCGAUGAGCGCCGCGUCAAGUUCAAAGCGGCGCUGCUCGCCCAGGAUAUCCUCGAUACGAAGGAUACGGACGAUGAAGACAUCAAGGAGGUCUGGUUUCCCGGUGGCCACGGCGACGUUGGCGGUGGUUGGCCUGCUGGGGACGGUCGGCGCUCCGUGGCCGACGAGAAGAGGCCGAAUCCCAGCCACUGGAGCCCCUGGCAGUACAUGCAGAGGCUCUGGUCGCUCUAUAAGCUCGAGGGGCCCAGCAAUACCCAUGGAGCCGAGCUGCAGAUGAGCGAUAUCCCACUCGCCUGGAUGAUCGAUGAGCUUGAGCUUGUAGGGCAAAAGAACCCACUGGCGGCGGUCAAAUGGAGCUCCAAAGUCGACCGGUUCAAAAGGAAUCUCCAUAAAUGGUUCCACGACAAAGACCGAUUUGCCAUAGGGGGGUUCGUGCAUGACUCGCUGUCGUUCGGCCUGGGGACCGACUUCUUCACCGUGCUACUGUGGAAAUUCCUGGAGUACUGGCCCCUCACGACCCGCUGGGAACUGGCAUGGACGGACAGCCGGCCGCUGUGGGAGAACGUCCGCUUCCCCCUGAACGAGGGCGGCUCCCGCGACAUGCCCUUUGAUGCCGUCCUCCACGAGUCAGUCGUUCGACGCCUUGACCAGGACCCCUUGUAUAACCCGACGAACUGUAACGGACGGGGGACAUCCAUCUGCGUCAGGCGCAACAACACCCGUCCGGCCCAGGAGUCCGCGAUCGAUCCUAAACAUCAGACGUACAAGUUUGCACAUGUGGCACUUGAAGGCACUGCCGCAGACCUCACAGACAGGGGCCAUCAUUCCCGUUGGAUAGGCCUGAUGCUUGUCGUAGGCGUGGUCUUGCUCGUUCUGGCCUUUGUACUUCUCCGCUCAUUCACCUUCGCCAGGAAACGGGCGGUCCUGUGGGUUCUUUCUGGUCUGGACCUGGACAUGUUGGCUGCCAGGGCUUAA